GAAUGAAAUGUUACUACGAAGUGUUAGGAAUAGAGCGCAACUCAACCCCUGAUCAGAUAAAGAAAGGGCACAGGAAGCUAGCGCUUAAAUGGCACCCUGACAAAAACAAGGACAAUGAAGAAGAAGCGCACAAGGUAUACCAGGUAAUACAGGAGGCGUACGAUUGUUUGAGUGACCCCCAGGAGAAGGCAUUUUAUGAUAAACACCGGGAACAGAUACUGAGGGGAGGGUCAGAUCACAAAGAUGAGCAGAUUAAUGUUAUGGGUUUCUACGGUUCGUCUUGUUACAAUGGCUUUACUGAUGAACCAGAUGGCUUUUACAAUGUUUACAACGACCUCUUUGUUCAAAUAAGCCAAGAAGAUCAGAGGUACGUGGAGGCAUCAGACUGGGAGGAUCCCCCAAACUUUGGUUCAUCAGAUACUGAGUUUGAGGACGUGAGGCAAUUCUACGGAUGGUGGCAGAGUUACUGUACCAAGAGAAAUUACAUGUGGUUAGACGAUCUCUACGAUAUACGACAGGCAGAUGGAAGGCGUAUAUUACGUGCUAUGGAAAAAGAGAACAAAAAGUUUGUCGACGAGGCUAAAAAGGAGUACAACGAAUCAGUGAGAAGUUUAGUAUCGCACAUUAAGAAGAAAGAUCCAAGGUGUUUGGCGCAGAAAGAAAAACAGAGGGUUUUAGAAGAAGAGAGAUUGGUUGCCGAGAAAAAGAGGAAAGAAGAUCAGAGACGAAAACGUGCAGAAGAAAUAGAAAGACUGAAAGAACAGGAAAAAGACAGUAUUGCUGAACAUGAGCAGCAAUUGGAUGGGUUAUUGAACGAGUUUUCAGACAGCGAGACGGAAGAGGACCCGUUUUAUUGUCCGCUGUGCAAAAAGCUUUUCAAAUCAGAUAAAAUGAUGAAACAACACGAGAAGUCUAAAAAGCACAAGGAAAAACUUGCAGAAUUACAGGGAGAAUUUGCGUCUGAGUUGAAAGCUGCAGGUCUCUCCCAACCACUUGAAACGAAUGACGCCCCCACGCCGUCAACAAAGAAGAAAAAGAAGAAGAAAAACAGAAGGCAGCAGGCAUGGGAAGAAGAGGAAGAUUUGUAUGACGUUUCCGAACUUAAAGGAGAAGAAUCGGUUUCCAACGAGUUAUCAGAAGCUCUCAAAGACUGUAACUUAAAUGAGGUAGAUUUGAAGGUGGAAGAAGUGGGGAUGGAGUCUGAAGACUUGUUAGUCAAUAUCACCUCUAACGAAAAAACUUCUCCUGAAAAUAUCCCCGCUGGCGCUAACAGUAAAGAAGAUGUGCCCUCAGAAAAGACGGGCGGACCCCCGAGACCGAGUGAUUAUGCCCCUGAGGAGGAAUGGAGAGAGUACAUGAGCUAUCACUACACUAACGAAGAGACUACUGAGUGCGGUGUCCCUGUCUUAACCAGACCAAGAGGCGAAAUAGAAGAGUCGGCGUCACAAAACAUCGAGUCAGACUACACCAUAAUCAGUACAGCCCCACCUGCUCAACCUACUCCCGCCGCUGGUCCCAAGAAAGCGGCGUGUAAUAUGUGCGGUGCAGACUUUCCGAGUAAAACUAAACUUUUCAAUCACUUACAAGAAACCGGACAUUCUAUAAAGAAAGAGUUUGUUGAAAAACCGGUGGCAAAACCAACGGGGAAUAAGAAGGGAAAGAAAGGGAGAAGGAGGUGACCCAAGGAAGUCGUCUAAUCUUUUAGAUUUAUAAGAGUCUGUAACGUGUUCCUUUCAAGCAGGUUUUAAACCAGGGAGUGCUGUUUUUAGUAUAUUUGCAGGUAUAGUAGUAGUUUCACGACGAAUUUAUGUUUGUUGGUUUCAGUCCAAUUUUUCUAAGUUAAGUUGUUCACCUUUACAUAAAUUAUUCAUCUCAAUUUAUGCAAUUCAGACUUCAAUUUCAGGCACCUCUU